AGCCACAGUGCCCUCCUCAGAAGCCCAAGGCUCCUCAGUCAAGCCGCUCCUCGGUUCACACUCAGGCAGCCCAGGCAGGCAAGAAGCCCCGAGUUCCGGGAGCAGAGCGGCCGCACCCCAGCCCCGCUCCUCUAGCCCCAAGCUGCACCUGCCUGCUUAGUGCCAGGAUGGCCACCAUCACCUGCACCCGCUUCACUGAAGAGUACCAGCUCUUUGAGGAACUGGGAAAGGGAGCCUUCUCAGUGGUGCGCCGGUGUGUGAAGGUGCUGGCCGGCCAGGAGUAUGCUGCUAAGAUCAUCAACACCAAGAAGCUCUCAGCCAGAGAUCAUCAGAAGCUGGAGCGUGAAGCCCGCAUCUGCCGCCUGCUGAAGCACCCCAACAUCGUCCGGCUUCAUGACAGCAUCUCAGAGGAGGGACACCACUACCUGAUCUUCGACCUGGUCACUGGUGGGGAGCUCUUUGAGGACAUUGUGGCCCGGGAGUACUACAGUGAGGCAGAUGCCAGUCACUGUAUCCAACAGAUCCUGGAGGCUGUGCUGCACUGCCACCAGAUGGGGGUGGUUCACCGGGACCUGAAGCCGGAGAACCUGCUGCUGGCCUCCAAGCUCAAGGGAGCUGCCGUGAAGCUGGCAGACUUUGGCCUGGCCAUAGAGGUGGAGGGGGAGCAGCAGGCCUGGUUCGGGUUCGCAGGGACACCGGGAUAUCUGUCCCCGGAAGUGCUGCGCAAGGACCCCUAUGGCAAGCCAGUGGACCUGUGGGCCUGCGGGGUGAUCCUGUACAUCCUGCUGGUGGGGUACCCCCCUUUCUGGGAUGAGGACCAGCACCGCCUGUACCAGCAGAUCAAGGCUGGAGCCUAUGAUUUUCCAUCCCCAGAGUGGGACACUGUCACCCCGGAAGCCAAGGACCUCAUCAACAAGAUGCUGACCAUCAACCCAUCCAAACGCAUCACAGCUGCCGAGGCCCUCAAGCACCCCUGGAUCUCGCACCGCUCCACUGUGGCCUCCUGCAUGCACAGACAGGAGACCGUGGACUGCUUGAAGAAGUUCAAUGCCAGGAGGAAACUGAAGGGGGCCAUCCUCACCACCAUGCUGGCCACCAGGAACUUCUCGGGAGGGAAGAGUGGAGGCAACAAGAAGAACGAUGGGGUGAAGAAAAGAAAGUCCAGUUCCAGCGUUCAGUUAAUGGAAUCUUCUGAGAGCACCAACACUACCAUCGAGGAUGAAGACACCAAAGUGCGGAAACAGGAGAUUAUAAAGGUGACAGAGCAGCUGAUCGAAGCCAUCAGCAAUGGAGAUUUUGAAUCUUACACGAAGAUGUGUGACCCUGGCAUGACGGCAUUUGAACCCGAGGCCCUGGGGAACCUGGUCGAGGGUCUGGACUUCCACCGAUUCUAUUUUGAAAACCUGUGGUCCCGGAACAGCAAGCCGGUGCACACCACCAUCCUGAACCCCCACAUCCACCUGAUGGGCGACGAGUCUGCCUGCAUCGCCUACAUCCGCAUCACGCAGUACCUGGAUGCAGGCGGCAUCCCACGCACAGCACAGUCGGAGGAGACUCGCGUGUGGCACCGCCGGGACGGCAAGUGGCAGAUUGUGCACUUCCACAGAUCGGGGGCACCCUCCGUCCUGCCUCAUUGAAGGAGCAGGUCCCAGGGGCCCUGGAUCGAAAGGCCUGCUCUUUGCCCGUGGAAUGUGGCUGCCGGUUCUCCCACUUGGAUUUUACUGGAAUUCCCCGGGCCAUGUCAACCCACUGCCAUCACCACCACUGCCACCACUACCACCUUGUCACCCCCAUACUUGAAUCAACGAGACCAGUCUGUUAUCCAAAGCAAUCACAACUUCGGAGCAAACGGCUGGCUCUCCCUGCCCCUUCCCCCCACUUCUCACUUUUGCUCUUUGUCCCUUCACAUUGGGGACCCCGGCUGCCCCCCUAAUAUCAUCCUGGUCCUGCCUUGGCUGUAGACCAGCUGUGUGGUCACCCAGGGGAUUGGAGAAGAAAGGCCAGCGUCGGGAGGGUUUCCUGCCUAUCCCUCUCCCUGGUGAAUCCUCUCCUGGGGUCCCCUAGGGGAGAACCAGGUGAACCCCACUUCUGUGAGUCAACCACUCAAUGAGAGAACCUGAGCAAGGAGCAGACCCAGCAUCCUCCUGCCUCAAACCACCUCCCUUACUCAUCUCUAGCCUGCCCUGCCCUCCUGAAAGCCCCCCCUUGCUUUUCCCUCAGUGUGGGGGGCACGAUCCUCUCAGGGUACCCCCACUAGUGUCCUCCCUUCUCUGCUGGUGUGUACUUCCACCAUAAACUGCCCACUCCAAUGUGUCAUCCGGCCCAGAGAAUUCCAUCUUCAUUUUAUCCAAGGGAGAGAACCGGACUUGUUUGUGGUGGGGAGGGGAAGGGCAAAAAGAAA